GUCGAGGUAGGAAAACAGGAAACGUCAAGGGGAAUGGCUUCGUAGCAUGACACUUUAUAAAUUAAAUCACCAUUAUGUUACAGGUCUGUGAUUGACCACCAAAAUGUACGAAUCACUGGGACCAAGAGGGGGAGAGAUGGAUCCCCACAACAAGUGCAUGGGGGGCCGUAUGUGGUGCGUCUCAGACAUCUGCGGCAUCAUCUGUGCUGUCAUGACGUGGCUGCUCGUGACAUAUGCAGAGUUUGUCGUGCUUACUGUAAUAUUGGGCACCUCGAAUCAUCCGAUAUAUACGACUUUUAAUCUACUACUUUUCAAUGUGUUUGCUGUAUUAGCAUUAUCUUCACAUGCUCGAGCCAUGUUCACUGACCCGGGAGCUGUUCCAAAGGGCAACGCCACACGAGAAAAUAUCCAGCGCAUGGGGCUGCGGGAAGGUCAAGUGAUCUUCAAAUGUCCAAAGUGUUGCAGCAUCAAGCCUGAGCGCGCCCACCACUGCUCCGUCUGUCAGCGGUGCAUUCGCAAAAUGGAUCACCACUGCCCUUGGGUUAACAACUGUGUGGGUGAAAAUAAUCAGAAGUUCUUUGUACUCUUUACAUUCUACAUCGCCCUGCUCAGUCUCCAUGGCCUUUUCCUAGGAAUUUACCAGUUCAUAAUCUGUGUGAGGAGUGAGUGGCGGGAGUGCUCUUCUUUUUCACCGCCUGCCACGGUGGUGUUGCUGCUGUUCCUUAUCUUCGAGAGCUUACUCUUUGCCAUUUUCACUGCAGUCAUGUUCUUCACACAAGUUAAUGCCAUCUGGAAUGAUGAGACGGGCAUUGAACAACUGAAGAAGGAACAAGCAAGCUGGGAAAAGAAAUCUCGAUGGCGAAGUAUCCAAGCUGUGUUUGGUCGCUUUUCUUUGACUUGGUUCAGCCCCUUCACUACCCCUCCCUUGCCAACAAAAACUCAUUCAUAUAUGUAUGCUGUUUAGUUUCUUCUUGGGGGAUGACUUGCAAUCAUAGUUUGGAAAUUCGAGAGACAGUAGUAUGAGCAACAGUGUGUGUAUGUAUGUAUGUAUAUAUUUAUUUGAUGAUAUAUAUGUGUGUAUGUACACCCAAAGAUAUAUAUAUGUAUAUGUAUAUAUAUGUAUGUAUAUGUAUAUAUAUAUGUGUAUAUA